AUGGAAAAUAAAAAAAAGCUCUUCAAUUUUUAUAAAAUAUUUUUAAGUUCAUCAGCAAUUCUUCAUUUAAACACAAAAUAUUAUAUUUGUGAUGUUCCAGUAUUUAAUUUUAAUUCAUUUGAAGAUUUUACAGAAAGGCAAUCAAAACAAAAAGGCGAAAAUUUAUUUCUUGCAUUAAUUGUUUGUGCUUUUCCUGAAGAAAUUGAUGAACAUUUUUUGGAUAAACUUUCUCAAAUUUCACAAAUUGAGUCUUUGGAUGUUAAGACACUUAUUAUAAAAAACUGGACAAAUUCUGAGGGCUUUGAUAAUAAAUUAAAUUCAACUCCAUUUGAUUUUGCAAAAUUAAAUAAAUUUGCUCUUACACACAAUAUUGAAAUAAUUAAUGUUUUUAAUGAAGAAGGAUCGAAUAAUCAACCAAAUGAUUCUGAUGAUGAUGAAGAAGAAAUGGGGACUAAAGGAAUUGCUCGUAUUGUAGAAGUUUUAGAAACAGUAAAAUGGAAUGGAAUUAAAUUAAAACCAAAUCCAAUUAAAAAUAUUAAACAUAAAAAACAAUUUUUGGAUUAUAUUAAAGAAAUUGAUGAUGAAGAGUUUUUGUGGGAAAAGUUUGAAGGAGAGAAAAUUGAAGAAGAAAAGAAGAAGGAAAUAAAAAUGAUGGAUUAUCCAGACACUGAAGAUGAAGGAAUUUCCACCUUCAACAUUUUCUCAACUUCAAAGUCAAUACAACAAUACACAAAAUAUGUCCAUUCUGAGAAGUCAGCCAGAAAGUAUUCAACAACAAAAUGUUAUAAGACGCCGUUUUGAUGGG